CCGGCCGCAGGCUCCGUCGGGGCCGGAGUGGCGGAGCAGCUCCGAAAGUUUGCGGAGCGGCCGGCGCCGGGGCCAUGUGGCUGCUGUGGCUGCUGCUGGGCUCUGCGGAGAGCCAGCUGCUGCCUGGGAACAACUUCACAAACGAAUGCAACAUUCCUGGGAACUUCAUGUGCAGCAACGGGCGCUGCAUCCCGGGGGCCUGGCAGUGCGACGGGCUGCCCGACUGCUUCGACGACAGCGACGAGAGGGAGUGCCCAAAGGCCAAGUCCAGGUGUGGUGCCACGUUCUUCCCCUGUGCCAGCGGGAUCCACUGCAUCAUCGGCCGCUUCCGCUGCAACGGCUUCGAGGACUGUCCCGACGGCAGCGACGAGGAGAACUGCACAGCAAACCCCUUGCUGUGCUCCACUGCCCGCUUCCACUGCAGGAAUGGUCUCUGCAUUGACAAGAGCUUCGUCUGCGACAGCCAGAACAACUGCCAGGACAACAGCGACGAGGAGAGCUGCGACAGCCCCCCAGAGGCAGGCAGCGGCCAGGACUACGUCAGCUCGGAGACGCAGCUGCUCUACUACCCCAGCAUCACCUACGCCAUCAUCGGCAGCUCCGUCAUCUUCGUGCUGGUGGUGGCCUUCCUGGCGCUGGUGCUGCACCACCAGCGCAAGCGCCACAACCUGGUGGCGCUGCCGGUGCACCGCCUGCAGCACCCCGUGCUGCUGUCCCGCCUGGUGGUGCUCGACCGCCCGCACCGCUGCAGCGUCGCCUACAGCGUGGGCAGCGGCGGCGUCCAGUGCGUGCCCGGCCAGCCCUGCCCGCGGCCCGCCGACCUCGACUCCCCGCCCUCCUACUCCGAGGCCGUGCUCGACCGAAGCCGACCACCUUGGUUCGACCUUCCUCCGCCCCCCUACUGCUCGGAGCCCGACUCCUCUCAGCAGCCAGACCUGCCUCCUUACCGCUCUCGGACGGCCAGCCUGGGGAGCACAGACACCCCCAGGGCAGACAGCCCCCUGGGCACAGCCGGCACUUGGACGAGAGACAUCCGUGCCGGCGUGGAUGGCCACAGAGCUCUCCUGGAGAGGACAGCAGGUCAGAGUGACUCUCUGGUCAGCCACACCGCUGAAAGAGAAGUGUAACUGCUGCAGUGCCUGGGAUGCACAGGAGG